CCACGGAAAGAGCCGAAGAUGUCGGCUCGGUCCUGUGAUCAGCUGUGUCCAAUCACAGCUGAUCACAUGGGACAUGUACACUGAUGAUCAGUGUGCCCUGAUGAUCAGUGUGGCCCCAGAAGUGCCACCUGUCAGUGCUCAUCAGUGCCAGUGCCCAUCAGUGCCACGUGCCAGUGCCCAUCAGUGCCACAUUAAUGCCACAUAUCAGGGACAUGUACACUGGACAUCAGGGCACUGAUGAUCAGUGUAGCCCCAGCAGUGCCACCUGUCAGUGUCCAUCAGUGCCUUGUGUCAGUGCUAAGCAGUGCCACGUGCCAGUGCCCAUCAGUGCCACAUCAAUGCCAUAUAUCAGUGCCUACCAGUGCACAUCAAUGCCACAUAUCAGUGCCCCAUCUGAGCAGCCUUUCAGUGUCACCCACCAGUGCUGCCAAUCAGUGCCACCUAUCAGUGCCAGUCAGUGCCGCCGCCUAACGUGCCAGACAGUGCCGCCUAACAGUGCCAUAUAUCAGUGCCAUAUAUCAGUGCUGCCUUUCAGUGCCCAUCAGUGAUGCCUGUCAAUACCUAUAAGUGCCACCUACCAGUGCCCAUCAGUGCCACCUAUCAGUGCCCAUCACUGCAGCCUCAUUAGCGCAUAUCAGUGAAGGAGAAAAAUCACUUAUUUACAAAGUUUUAUAACAAAAACUUAGAAAAAACUUCUUUUUUUUGAAAAUUUUCAGUGGUUUUUAGUUUGUUUAAGAAAAAAUAA